AUGAUGAAGGAGUAUAAGGGAAGAAAAAGGAUGAAGGAGUAUAAGGGAAGAAGAAGGAUGGAGGAGUAUAAGGGAAGAAGAAGGAUGCAGGAGUAUAAGGGAAGAAAAAGGAUGCAGGAGUAUAAGGGAAGAAGAAGGGUGCAGGAGUAUAAGGGAAGAAGAAGGGUGCAGGAGUAUAAGGGAAGAAGAAGGGUGGAGGAGUAUAAGGGAAGAAGAAGGGUGCAGGAGUAUAAGGGAAGAAGAAGGGUGGAGGAGUAUAAGGGAAGAAAAAGGAUGCAGGAGUAUAAGGGAAGAAGAAGGGUGCAGGAGUAUAAGGGAAGAAGGGUGGAGGAGUAUAAGGGAAGAAGAAUGAUGAAGGAGUAUAAGGGAAGAAAAAGGAUGAAGGAGUAUAAGGGAAGAAGAAGGAUGGAGGAGUAUAAGGGAAGAAGAAGGAUGCAGGAGUAUAAGGGAAGAAAAAGGAUGGAGGAGUAUAAGGGAAGAAGAAGGAUGAAGGAAUAUAAGCGAAGAUGA